UACUUAAAAAUCAGUUAAGAGGUAAUUAAAAUACCCCUUAUGUUGAGUUAAAAUUGAAGCGAUCACUGUUUAAUCGAACCUUCAACAACAAACUAUUUUAACUUAACUUGUUAGGUGUUGUUUUUGUAUCUUUUGUGCUUAUCGUGCUUAUGAAUCAAAUUAUAAAUAAAUAAAAGCAAAAAUGUGUGAAAAUUUGGAAAGUUUAUUAUUGAUUGGGUCAGAAUUUUUGGAAAAAGAACAAGUUACUCCAGCUCCAGAGACUCAACCAACACAACCAAAAGAACUAAAAGAAAUUGAUUUAUUUGAAAAUUCAGAUAAAAUCGAGUUAAAAGAAAAUAUAGAUAAUGAAAUAAUUAAUUUUAAAGACUUAUUAGAAGACGAACACGAAAAAAGUGUAAUAACAACCACUAGUUUUUUUAAAACAUCAAAACCUUCCUUAUCUUCAACAUGGUGUAAAAAUAAUAAAGUGGAUUCAAAACCGAAUUUAAGCAAUGUUAGUGCAACAAUUAAAGACAAUUCACAUCUUGUAUCAUUUUUUGGAGUUCGCGUUUCAAAACCUUUAGUAUCAAGCCAAUUAUUUAGUGAAAGAAUGGAGAAUAAAGUAAUUUUAACAAUGGCUAAAUUAAAAACGUUUUUGCUCGGUGAUGUUAAAGCGCAAGAUUGGGUGUUUGGCGGUGUUAUUGUGGCUAAAUCACCACCAAAAGUCAAUCAAAAAGGGUCUCAGUAUUCAAUUUGGACUGUGAGUGAUUUACAAUUCGAUUUAAAAACGGUUUCUUUAUUCUUAUUUGGUAAUGCUCAUAAAGAGCUUUGGAAAAGUUGUGUUGGGACAGUUAUUGCUGUGUUAAAUCCAGCAGUUUUAGAAAAAAAAUCUAAUUCCAAAGAAGAGGCUUCAUUAAGUAUUAGUAAUCCACAACAUAUGAUGAUUCUUGGGAAUUCAAAGGAUUUAGGAACAUGUAAAAGUACAAAAAAUGAUGGCUCUAAAUGUACAGCUUUUGUAAACAAUAAUCAUUGUGAGUAUUGCAUAUAUCAUGUGAAAAAAGAGUAUCAAAAAAGUAGUCAAAGAUCAGAGUUGCAAUCCAAUUUUGCUGGGCGAGGUUUAACAGCUCUUAGGAACAAAGUGUUAGGGAAAAAUCAAGUUUUUUAUGCUGGUAAAUUAUAUACUUCAACACAAGCAAAGCAAAGUCAAAAGUUAUUGAUUAAUGAUGAAAAAAGAUUAAAACAAUUAUCAGGUGAAGGAUCAGGUUUAAAUCAAAAAGUGGCUGAAAUUUGUCAGAAGCGUCUCGCUGUUACUAUUGAUGUAUCACAUAAACAAAGAGCUAAAGAUUUAGAAUUAUUAGAUAAAUUGUCAAAAUCCACACCAAAUAAACCUGAAUCAAAGGAUUUAUUAUCUUGCAAACCUACAUUAAAUAAUUUUAAUAAAGUUGAUUUAAAUGUACCAAUUUCACAAAGGCGCAAAGAUAUAGCAAAAAUUAACGCCAUUAAAUAUGUGCAAAAAACCGGAUUAUUACCAAAACAAAAUCCAAUGAGUACAAAAGGAUCUGGGUUAAAAAGACCUUUUCAAGAAGAUGAUGAAACACUUGAUAGCUCAUCUAAAAAGCCAAAGAAUGAAUUUAUCUCGGAUAGGUAUAAAAAAUUAAUGGCUGCUACAUCCAAACAUAUGGAAUUACUUGAACAAGCAGAAAAUGACUUACAAGAAAAGUAUUUUAAAAAAUUAGAAGCGAAAGAACAGAUGGAGGAAAAAAUGAGUCAGACAUAUAAGAUGAAUUGUAAGGCUGUUCGGUGUUUACAAUGCAAAUACACAAAUUUUUCAGCUUCUGAUAAAUGCAAGGCUGAUAAGCAUCCGUUAAAAGUUUUUGACGCGGUUAAACGAUUCUUCAUGUGUAAAAACUGCAAAAAUAGGGUUGUUGUAUUGACGUUUGUUCCAAUUGCGAAUUGUAAAAAUUGUGGUAGUAAUAAAUGGGAAAAAAGUUCUGUUAUGAAAGAGAAAAAUGUAGACAAGUUACACUGUUUAUCUAUUAGAGGGGGGGAACAAACAUUUUUAAACUCUGCAAUUACAAAUGACAAUUUAGAUUUAUUAGUAUCUAAUGAGUGAUGGUGGAGAAAAAGAUAUUCAUUACAAAUGUAUUUAUAAAAAA